UCACUUCUAUUUUUGGAGCCGCGCAAGGGGACGCAGCCGGUGGCAGGACGCGCAGUUUAAACAAGUAAAGGAUGAAGAGUCCGGUCUGCAGCCCCUGGGCUCCGGGACUCCCUGCGCGGAACGGGAGAGGCAGCCUCGGCAUGGGAAACGGGCCCUUGUGAUACCAACUCUCCCUACAAUGGCUGUGGCUGGGAGCCCCCUGCAAGACAGGACCAGCUGGACGGCUUCUGUCCCGGGUGCAGCAGACCCAGCUAUGAUGACGGGGAAGGUUCCCUCAUUCUCCCCCAGCUCCACAGUGAGCUCCGCUCUGCCCGGCUACGUCGCUCUCUGCCUCGCUCUACAGGUUCACAAGCUGGCAUCAGCACAGUUCACAGUGAUUGGACCUGACCAUCCAAUCGCCGCCUCCCUAGGGGGUGAGGCCGUCCUGUCCUGCCACCUCUCCCCCAGGAUGAGCGCUGAGACCAUGGAGGUGAGAUGGUUCCGAUCCCAGUAUUCGCCAGUGGUGCACCUGUACCAUGAUGGGCAGGAUCAGUACAGACAGCAGAUGCUGGAAUAUGGAGGGAGAACUGAGCUCUCGAAAGACGACCUCACCAAUGGGAGAGUUUCCCUGAGAAUACGCGAUAUCCGACCUUCCGAUGAUGGGCAGUACACGUGUCUUUUUCAGUCCGGUGACUCUUAUGAAGAAGCUUUAUUGGAACUACAAGUGGCAGGUUUGGGCUCUGCUCCUGGCAUCUCUGUGGAGGGACAUCAGGAUGGAGGGAUCCGGGUGGUGUGUCGAUCACCCGGAUGGUACCCACAGCCCGAGGCUCAGUGGAGAGAUCUCCAGGGGCAGCUCUUACCAUCAGCCUCUGAAAAAAUAUCCGAAGAGGCCGGUGGCCUGUUUCAAGCAGAGAUUGCCAUUGUUCUAACAGAAGAGUCCAACCAGAAAGUGUCCUGCUGUGUCAGGAGCCCCCGACUCGACCAGGAGAGAGAAUCAGCGAUUUCCAUAGCAGAACUGUUUUGCCCGAGGGUCAGUCGCUGGAGGGUGGCUCUGGGGGUGAUCCUGCCUCUCCUGGCUGUUCUCGUUGCCCUGGCCAGUUACUGUUUCUGGAGGCAACACAGAGCGAAAGCGGCACAUCAUGCAGAGAACGCGACACUGCAGGGUGAACUCAAGUGGAGAAUCGCCCUACUAAACGCAGGUUGGGAGAAACCUGCAUAUUGUCCGGCUAACUGUGCUGUGAAAUGUGAUCUGUCACAACCCCACUGCCCCCGGGAGCCCCCUGCUCCUUUUCUUUGGAGAAGUGCUGAAUAACGAGAGACUAUUUCCCCUGGGCUUCACCUUCCCAGGGUGGUACCUGGGUCGUGCCUCACAGACAUUAUCUCAUCUAACCUUAAUAGGCCUUAAACUGCUCAGAUCUCCCCUCCCAACAGCAGGGGUUGCAUGUCAUACAGGUCUGAAAGCUGCAAUUCCCAUCUGUAAUAACAGGAAGGGCUAAGAGCUGUUCCCUGUCUCCAUGGCUCUGGGGUGAGGCAGGCCCUGGCCCCACUGCAGGGUCAGGUGUUUUUAGAACCAGAUUGUGACGCUCACGGACAAGUAAAACUGCCUCCGCGGCAGCGUUUCUG